CCCCCCCCCGAGCAGAGGGGCAGAGCGGCUCCGCGGGCGAUGCCGGCGCGGCGGCGGCGAGCGCCCCCGGCCCGCCGCCCCCACGGCUGCCCGCGGCGCUGAGCGCGGCCGCGCUCGCCCGCCGCUGCCCUGCGCGGCCGGGGCCAUGGCCGCGCGCGGCGGCGGGGCGGCGGCGGCGGGGCCGGGGGCGGCCUCCCGGGCCGCGCCGGCGCUGCGGCGCGGCUGGCGCUGCCGGAAACUUUGCUCGGCGCUGCCGCUGCUGCUGGCGCUGGCGGUGCGGCCGCUGCGGGGGGAGCCGGGCCGCGAGCUGGCGGCCGAGGGCGGCGGCGGUGGGGCGACGGGGCGGCGCGGCGGGCCGCCCCCCCCCGGCGCGGGGCUGCGGGCCUGGCUGCCCCCCGGCGCCGUGCCGCUGGGGCUGGCCGGCGCCGCCUUCGGCAUGGGCCGCUACCUGCUGCGCGGCGGCGUGCGGGCGCGGACGGCGGCGCUGCUGCUGGCCGCCUGCUGCGGGGGGGAAGCGGUGGCGCAGAGGGCGCUGGCGGCGGGGGAGGAUCACUUGCUCUCCUUGGGCGCCACGGGGGUGGUGCUGAGCUGCCUGGCCGCCGCGACAUGGCUGGUGCUGAGGCUGAGGCAGGGCGUCCUCAUGCUCGCCGUGGCUAGCGCGGUGCGGACCACGUCGCUCGUCUCCUUCGAGCGGGUCCCGGCGUCGUGGCGGCCCUACCUGGCGUACCUGCUGGGGCUGCUCGGCAUCCUGCUGGCCGGCUGCGCCGACCGGCUCUGGCCGCCGCGCGGGGCCGCCCCGCCCGCCGCGCCCCCCGCCGCGCCCCCGGCCGCCGACGCAGCCCCGGCGCUGAGGAGGAGGCGGCGGCGGUCCAGCUCCGUGGUCGCCGCCGAGAUGUCGGGCUGCGGCAGCAAGAGCCACCGCCGGACCUCGCUGCCCUGCAUACCUCGCGAGCAGCUCAUGGGGCAUUCUGAAUGGGACCACAAGCGAGGACCCAGGGGAUCACAGAAGAUCAAAGGAAUGAAUCCCUGCAAGGCCUACGAGCUUCCAGAAGUCCUUCAGUCUUCUGGUACCAGUAUUACUGUGGAUAUCGCUGUCAUGGGAGAAGCGCAUGGGCUCAUUACAGACCUUCUGGCAGAUCCUUCGCUGCCCCCCAAUGUGUGCACGUCGCUGAGAACAGUGAGCAACCUGCUUAAUACGCAGUUAACCUUCCAGGCGAUUCACAAGCCAAGGGUGAGCCCUUUGGUGUCCUUCAGUGAGAACUACACCUGCUCUGACUCAGAGGAAUGUCAGGAAAAAGGAGAAAAACUAGCUAUUCCCAAGCGCUUACGAAGAAGUUUGCCUCCAGGACUGCUGAGACGAGUGUCCUCAACUUGGACCACAACAACAUCAGCCACAGGAUUACCUACUCUGGAGCCAGCCCCAGUGAGAAGGGAUCGCAGUGCUAGCAUCAAACCUCAUGAACCAUCUUCAUCCAGCACUGACUCUUGGAACAGCUCGAUUCUGAUGACAAUCACGAAAAGCAGGUCCUUCUCCACAUCCUACGCCAUGUCUUCUACAAACCACCUGAAUGCCAAAAGGCAGAGUCGGCAAGGUAUCCCUCCAAAUAUUUCACCUCUCACCUCCCCAUGCCAUUCACCGGUUCAGGGGAGCCCUGCUGCAAGUCCUACAGGAAAAACAUCUUCUGUGUCAUUUCCAGACUCUACAGAUACUGACACCAAGCAAGGCUUAAAGCCACAUAAAGUCUUAACUUCUACUCAGAGUGCUCCAAGCGUGUCAGAUCCCAUUAUCAGCUCCUCUGUUAUUUGCAGCAGCUGUGGCAGACCCUAUAACCAAAUAGAAGCUAGUGAUGGGACUCUAGACAGAGGUGAUGGUACAACACACACCCUGAAUAGAACAGAUGAUCCUGCGCAAGCCACUUCUGACUAUGAGACCAACAACAGUGACAGCAGCGACAUUGUACAAAAUGAUGAUGAGACAGACUGCUCCAAAGAACAGACGCGGAAGGGAUCCGUUUGUAGGACGUACGCACCUGAGACCAUCAUCCUGCACCCCUUGAUACCCCCUGAGGACAAACCUAUACUUGCUCCUGAGCCUCUGGUUAUGGACAACUUGGACUCCCUGAUGGAGCAACUAAACAGCUGGAAUUUCCCAAUCUUUGAUCUGGUGGAAAAAAUUGGAAAGAAAUGUGGUCGGAUUCUCAGUCAGGUUUCAUACAGGCUUUUUGAAGACAUGGGGCUAUUUGAAACCUUUAAAAUUCCAGUGAGGGAGUUUAUGAACUACUUUCAUGCCUUGGAAUGUGGAUACCGAGAGAUACCUUAUCACAACAGAACCCACGCAACUGAUGUUCUACAUGCUGUUUGGUACCUUACUACUCAGUCCAUCCCGGGACUCCCAACUGUGAUUAAUGAUCAUGGGUCAGCAAGCGAUUCAGAUUCUGACAGUGGGAUCACUCAUGGCCAUAUGGGCUAUGUGUUUUCGAAGACAUACACACCGACAGAUGACAACUACGGAUGCCUAGCUGGCAACAUCCCUGCCCUCGAGUUGAUGGCUCUUUAUGUUGCUGCAGCCAUGCAUGAUUACGAUCAUCCAGGAAGGACUAAUGCCUUUUUGGUAGCAACCAGUGCUCCUCAGGCUGUGCUGUACAAUGACCGCUCUGUUUUGGAGAACCACCACGCAGCAGCUGCCUGGAACCUGUUCAUGUCCCGGCCAGAGUACAACUUCUUAGUCAACCUCGACCACGUGGAAUUCAAGCAUUUCCGCUUCCUUGUCAUUGAGGCAAUUUUGGCUACUGACCUGAAGAAACACUUUGAUUUUGUUGCCAGAUUCAAUGCCAAGGUGAAUGAUGAUGUUGGAAUUGACUGGACUAACGAGAAUGACCGCUUGCUGGUUUGCCAAAUGUGCAUCAAACUGGCUGACAUCAAUGGGCCUGCAAAAUGCAAAGAUUUGCAUCUGCAGUGGACAGAAGGCAUUGUCAAUGAGUUUUAUGAACAGGGUGAUGAAGAGGCUAGCCUUGGCCUACCUAUCAGUCCUUUCAUGGAUCGCUCUGCUCCUCAGUUGGCGCACCUCCAGGAAUCUUUCAUUACUCACAUUGUGGGACCACUAUGUAAUUCCUAUGACUCAGCGGGGCUGAUGCCAGGAAAAUGGAUAGAAGAUAGUGAUGAAUCAGGAGACACUGAUGAGCAUGAAGAGGAAGAAACAGCAGAAAUGGAAACUUGUGAAAAUGCUGAAUCCAGAAAGAAGAAGUUCAAGAGGAGGAAAAUCUACUGUCAGAUCACGCAGCACCUGCUUCAGAACCAUAAAAUGUGGAAGAAAGUGAUUGAAGAUGAGGAAAGGUUAGCGGGGACAGAGAAGCCAGGCACGGAGCAGCCCACACUGCACCCAUCUUCAGAACAAAUCCAGGCCAUCAGGGAGGAGGAGGAGGAGAAAGGGAAGCCCAAACAGGAAGAAGAAAACACAACUGUAGAACCGAACCAAUGACAGUAUUUACAGCAGUAUUUUAAGACAGAUAUUGACGCGUGCACAGACUCUUUCUCAAGCCAGCACAGCAUUUAGACACAACACUGUAGAAGUAUGGGAUAAUGCGCCUACAGCUGUUUAAUUUGUUUCUCUUUCCUUUUUAUGGUGAGGUACAUUGUUUAAACUCCUAUGCUCAAAGAAGCUUUCACACUGCGACACCGGCUUUUACAGACUUUCUUUAAAGAGAUUGGGGAGGGGGGGAGGGUGGAAUUAUAUAAAUAUAUAUAGCCAGGGGUUAUUGGCUGCGCACUUCAGCAAAAUGCAUUUAAUGAUAUAUUAUGGUCACUGUGAUAUUUACAGAAGGAAGUUAUCUAAGGAAAUGCUGCUUCUAAAGCACAUUUGCAGUUAACCGUAAGGUACCAGUUAAGUAGUUUUGGCUCUUAAUGCUGAGGGAUAAAAGUUCCAAAGCUUUGUACGAAUGCUGAUACAUCCUGCCAACAUAUAGGUGUGCGUGUGCGGAGGGGGGUGUUUGCGUGUCGAUGUGCUCUAAUAAUAGGAUAGUUUGAGUUUGGACUAGCUGUAGCACACGUCCCGAUACACGGCGACAAGCAGAAGGCCUGAAUUUUAGAAAAUUUGUGCCCACAAGGAAAUCGGAGCCCUGCAGGAGGAGCCCUGCAUUCCCGGGAGCCCCAGUCUGCGCUCCAGCUGCUCCGACAGCAGGCUUUUGGCAGGGGCCGUGGUGGCCUGGGCUGCUGGUGGGGUCCCGUCUGGCUGCAGGAACUCCUCUUCCUCCUCCUCGGGCACUUUCCAGACUGCUGGCAAAAGGGACGUGCCACGAAGCUUCUUUCCCAAAGGGGGUUAGGAGGGAGCAUGGGGCACACCGUGCUGUUCCUCUUUAAAGGAAGGGGCCCUCUGUAUGCGCUAGCAUGCGUGAGUGGCUGCGUGGGGCAUUGCCUAUGUCUGAGCAGGAGAGAAAAGAGAGCAAAUGUGUGUGCACAUUCGGGAACUAGAGGCACUCUGCCAUCUUUCUCCCCUAACCUUAUGCCUCCGUGCAUCAGUGGCCAAAUAGAUCAUUUAAGAGGGAAGCUAAACUACCAUCUCGUAAGAGCAAAAGAAGGAGAGUUUGGGGGUCAUGCACUUCCUUAGAAUAAAAGGCAAAUGAUGCAUUAGCAAAAAGGUAGGGGGAGAGGUGCCAGUCCUGUGCUGGCCGGACGCUUGUAUGUCUCAGCAACCACUCACGUGAGCUUCAGAGAACUUGGUUUUUCAGUGCGAGGUGCUGGAUGGGAGCAGUUUGUUGCUGGCAUUCUGCUUAGAAGCAGCAUGUUUGAUCCCACAAAUAUACUUACUUUUUUCUUUUUUCUUUUUUUUUUUUAAGAGAAAGGAAAAGAUCGGGCUUGUAGAAGAGCAGAUCUUUUUGUUUCCUUCUGUUUGUUUGUUUUCUGUUGUUUAUGCUGUGAGCCAAAUGUCUAUUUAAAAGGUUGACUAUUCACUUUCAAUAUUUUAUUUCACAAUAUUAUAUUUGUCAAUGAUUAGCUAUCUAGAUGUAAAUAUGGAGAAAUUUUUAUGGGUUCCUGUAGAUAAUGAUAUCUUUAAGAAAAAAAAAAGAAAAAGAAAAAAAGGGAAAAGUUUUUUUGUAAAGCUAAUUUUUUAAAAAAUAAAUACAAAAACAUUUUUAUAGAGUGUAGCCAUUUCCAAGCCCAACACAUAAGGUCUUGAGUAAUUUUUAUAGACCCUUCUGGGAAGCCACUGGUCUACAGGAUCAAGGCUUUAACACAGUAAUGUUCUCUGGUACUGGCAUCACCAAACAGUACCACACCAGUUACAUAGUUUUAUUCCCACAAAAAAAAAGUUAUAUAUAUAAAAGUUCAUUAUCUCUCCAGCAUGAAUUGAUUAUGUAUGCUGUUUUCUAUUUUAAUCCUGCAGCCCUUUCUCAAGAAAGGGUGUGAAUAACAAUGCUUGUGAAAGGAAGAGUUUGUAGGAGAUGUCCCGUCUGUAUUAAAUUUCUGACAUUGUGUCCACCACUUCUUUGCCAUUGUUAUGCAUUUGCAAUAUUUCGUGGUCCUAUUGAUAACUCCCAAGAAAUGCUGGAAAACAUUCUCUAUCGAAGCCAAUCAGCAUAUGUGUUAUCAUUUCAGGGUUUCUCUUUGUAUUUCUUUUAGAGUUAACCUUUGCUCCAAACUAGGAUCUUUGUUUCUUAAAGGUCCCAUCUGCCUGAUAUUGUCCCUUCCCGCUCCUGCCCCGAGGAAGGCAUGUGCCUUUCCACAGGAUGGCCCUGGAGUGUGGCCAUGGGUGCUCUCAUCAGCAGAAAGAUUUACUGGUAUUUUUGAAUGAAAGAAAAAAAACAAAGACCCGAAUUGCGCUAUUAUUUUAAGGGAAAAGGAUAUAGCAGAAUUCAUUCAAAGGGAAAAAAGAUGUCUCGCGUUUUCUCCAAGAUCUCAGCAAUUCCAACAAUUCCAGCUUACACAGUUUUCACCCCUUUUCAGUUACUUUUAUUAAUCAUUUAAUUUGGAGUUUUCUUGCAUAAGUGACUUGCAGUCCUUAUAGUACCAGAAGUAUUUAAUGUGCCUCAUUCUGCCCUUUAAAAAUUAAACUUGGGAAGGUGCUUUAGAAUGCCACCUCUCCAAAAACUUUUUGCAUGAUUUUGAGUGAAUAAUCACUGGAAAUGGUUUCUUUCUAUUGGUUUUUAUAUUGCCUGUGGUAAAAGAAGAAAAAAGAAAAGCCAUGGCACAAAGUGCUAGUAGGAGCCCAUUUAGUAAAAUUAAGAGGAGGCAUUCCAGAAAGAAGCCAAAUCCUGCGAGCCAGUUAAAUUCCACAUAGUCAUCUAAGUAGGCAUACAGGGUUGAACCAAGAACAGUAUCCUAAAAAUGUGCUGAAAGAGAAUUAUUGUAGCUUCUUAGUCAUCAUUUUUGGUUGCCAUUAAGUAAAGUCAAUGUCUGCUUCUAAUUUUUGAACUCUCUGUAGUGCCAGUGCAGCUGUUACACAUUUCUGCAUUGCUGCAUAAGCCUGUUUGUGGGUGCAGUUUGAUAAACUCAGGUCUUUUACGGGUAAGGAAUUGCUGACAGGCUUAAAAUCAGAAUGAUCUUCAACUUUACCCAAACUGGAAGCAAUACCACUGAAGAGGCAAAAGCAUCUGGGACUGGUUAGCUUGAUAAGAGGUGACCCUUUCGUACUCCACAUAGCUACUAGUAGAGUCCAAUUUUAGCCUGUGUUCACUCCUUAUAAACCUGAUUCUGCAUCUUCGCAAUGCGUCCCUAUUUCCCAGGUUGUUUGACUAUGACAGAAGAGAAGAUACCUGAGAGAUUAUAUAUCAAAUGUGUGAACACAGUUUUUUGCUUUUUGCUUUUUUAGAAAAUAAUGAAGCAGGUAGUUGUUUAGGGUUUUCUAUACUGGUGUCCAGUCCGAAGGAGGCAAAACUUUUGGCCUGCAGCUGCAGCAGCCUUUCUGAGGGUAGGCCUUGGUGACUUCCCACUUUGCGCAGUCCUUUGAUGUCAUGAAACCCAAAUAAACCACAACUUGUGCAAUAUUUUGGGGAGGGGGGAGAACAAAGAAAAAGACUUGUAUUCUGUCAGCAAAGUGUUCAGACUUCAGUUAGGGUGUUUAAAAUGUUGAUACGGGUUUCUGGUGUGUACAGUAUGCAAGGGGUUUUGUCAAAUAGUAAAGAAAGCAAACCCCUUUUAAAGAGAUUUUUCAGUAAUAAAAAUACUGUGUAUGUUAAAUUCUUUAAAAGCAGAGAGUGAGGGGAGGACUAGAUCAUGAUUUUCAGGUUUGAUGCUUUGUUUUCUGCCCUGUAAUGUCACUUGUGGGCUGAUCCUGUUCCCUUCUAGUCUAGGAGAGUUCUGCUUUUCACUUAAGUAGGUGGCUUUUUGCAGUGCUCGCAGUUACCAGUGCAGCAAGAAGUGCACUCUAUUAGUCUCAUGACAAUUGCAUACAUAUACCCUUUUCUUUCCAUUUUCCCAGUUUGCUUAAUAGCAACGCUGUGGGCCAUGCAUUGGGCAGAAGAAGUGAGUUGUGGGAAUCUACUAGGAAAAAGGGAUUCUGCUGUGCUCUUGGCAGCAUUUCAAAUUUACUUCCUCUGAAUGAAAUUCUUUAGAGAAACCUAGACAAAUGGCGAUGUGUCACCAGUGGCCUGCUUUAUGGCCAUGUGUGGAAUGCUGGCUCUCAUUGCAAAUGCCUCUCAUAUUCUGGGAGCGGAUCAUUCCUGGGGCAGAUCUGAAAAUGCAUCUGCAGUUUGAGAGUGCAUUUAUUAGCAAUGCAAGGAGAGUCAUUCAUCAGCCUUUACCCUGAUACAGCAUGUGAACAUCUCUCUGAAUCAUCAGCAAGUUAAAAUCCAAGACUACAAUUACUCAGGACUUCUCAGUGGCGGCAUUUGAGACUUUUAGCUUAUUAAAAGUUCAGUGUGCUAUUAUCGGAAGCGCUUAAUAUCCUGACGGUCUGAAUUUUCAAGGCAGUUAAGUCUGUAAAGGUUCGGAUGGAUGCUUCCGAAAAUACCACUUGGGAUCUAAGCAAGUGCAGUAUCCAACUCCCUUAAUUAAGUUUCCAUACUGGGCAUUAAGUUCAUUUAUUUUCUUUUGAACAUUCUCCUAAUUUUCUGUGUGCUUUAACACAAUAUUUUUGAAAGUCUGGUCCCUCCUUUCUUUCUUCAGAAAUGCCUCAGAUAGUAAAAUGCCAUACAGAGAGGCUAAGGAUCUGGCCGAGCAGAGUAUGGAUCAGUGGUACGGCCCCUGUGGACUUCCCGGGCCUGUGCCCCAGGCCACCCACAUGCACACAGUGCUAUGUCCAUGCUACUGAGCUGUGAACUCGAGCAGGCUUGGUACUCAGGAGCCUACAUCCCACCAGCUUCCAAUGGGACUUAGGUUCUUACAGAAUUUUGUCAAUCUUUAAAAUGAACUUUCGCACUUUUGAAUUUUUUUCCAUAAUUCAGCAAAAGAUUUUGUGGUUUGUCCCGAAUGUUAAUGAAAUAUUUGUGCAAAAUCUCAUUAGUUACCUGGUGCACCCUGCUUGAUCUGUGUGGUGUGAUCCUGCAUUUGGUGUGAUGGUGGAGGCUUUGCUGUUGAUAUACAUGCGUGCAGGUUCGAAUCCCCCGUCUCGCUGACUGCUGUGGGUGCCACAAGAAGCGCUAGUCAGUGCCAGCCCGGGCAGCCCAGCAAACCUGGCUGUGCUUGGGAGCUGGGAUCCAGAAAAAGGACAAGUUGCUUUGCCAGCAAAUAUGACAGGGAGACGUACCAACUGGUUAAAACGUGGGAGAGGCAAUGCAACUGUGCCGCAAUUCAUUCUAGAGAUGAACCAUCUAGUAGAAAUACUGUUCAAUAGGUUGGUGAGGGGAGAGGGAUAAUGACAGCUUGUGACUCUUCUUUCUCAAAAAGAAGAGACUUUUGACAAGAAAUUGUUUCAACUGUUGGAAAACUGAUUUUGAAAACCUAUCAUGCAGAAAAGAAAGUGUAAUCUUUCCUAUCACUUUUUGAGGUACUGUUAUCAUUAAGAUGUUCCAGCAUUAUGUGUUUAAAGCAGAAAAGUUUUAGUUUAGGCAUGAGCAGUAUUAAACGGGGAUCUCCUGAGCAUCCAUCUGCCGUAUGGGUGGAAGAUUAAAUCUGGGGAUGUGCACAGAGCCAAGAAGGUGCCUCUUUCUGUUUAGCUACAGACCCACAGAGGUGCAGCCCCUGGAGUGAGGCGCUGAUGGUCGCUUGCUCUUUCCAGUCUCAGACUGGCAUGUUGGCCUGAAAAAUGGGGUAUCCCUCCACUGGCCACACGGCACGGAUGCAAUUAUUCCUCAAGUUGAUCAUGUUUUAAACAGAGAUGGAGAAGGUCAAACUGGCAAUUCUUAGGAAGAGAAAAAGAAAAAUGUAGCCCAAUAUGAAGCAGACUUCAUGCAAAAUGCUUAGUUUGCUUUUCUUUCUAACCAAAAGUAAUCGAUCCCCCUGGAGAGAAGUAAGCAUGGAGCUUCUGGGUUUUUAAUCACUACUGGAUGUUGAAGCAUUAUUUAAAAUGGUGGCAGCGUUAAAGAGAAUUGCCCUAAAUUAGGGCAGAGGAAUCUUUCUUUUAUAUUUUUAAGUGAUUCAACAAAUAAGAAAGCCCUCUGACAUUCGAAGGACUCUUUCAUGCUCAAUGACAGCAGGAGGCGGGGCCAGGAAAUUUGAGAGAAAGGAGGAAAGAAAAUAUGCCUGUGCCACAUCUUCAGUCCAGGCCUCCUGAAGAAAACGUACCUGUUAUGUAUUGUUGAUGAGGCCAGGGAGUAAUUAAGAUUAAGGCGACAGUUAUCUUAAGCAACUAUUGGAAGAGCUAGCAAAAUUACUGAUUAUUGGAGGCAAACCCAGUGACCUAGAGCAAGAUAGCAUCAGCACAUUUGAGAAUAACUUCACAUGAUAAAUCUUUCUUUGCAUUUCAUUGCUUUCUGUUAGCAAGACAACUUUCCUCUGGAAGUAAAUUGAAACAUGGUUUUAGUCCCUGCUGUGGUCAGUGAAUCCCAGGGUCAGAGGGAGCAGUGCAAGGGGUACUACCUUCAUUAACUUCCUAGCUAUGGUUUAUUCAGAGGGGUUUUCCUCGCAGGUGGGUGCUCACUGUCUCUCUUAAAAAAAAAAAAUACAUCAUGCCUCCUCGGUAGGAUGUGAACGUUGCCCACACGACCACCCACCUGAAAUCUUAGGGUGAAGUGAGCUCCUUAGGAACCUGCAGGCAGAAUAGUGCUGAGGUGCUUCUGCAGGGUCCGUUUUCGCAGUGACAAACAAGGCAAAAGCUUGAGCUACUUCACAAUACUACUUUGAUAAAAGUUAAGUUAACGAGAAACAUUAUGCAAUCUGAAAGCUUGCCAGCGUCACUUGAGAUGUAUUGCAGAAAAGUGCCUGAGUGCUUGCACAUUUAAAACUAUUCCUUAAAGAUGAUGAAUUUAGUUAUGACCAGCUGGCUUUGUCCAUGGUCUGUCAAGCUGAAGUAUAACAUACACCAAGAAGUUUUUUCAACUGAAGCAUUUUAAUCCUCCAAACGUAUCAGCAAAGAAAACUUUGUGUGGGGCUAGAGGAGGAAAAAAUUACAGUAUUUAUUUCAGUUGAGAUUUUCAGGUGGCUAGUCUGUGUGAUUUAUUUCUUACUUCCUAAGAUGCGUUUGUGGCAUGUCAGAGGUGCAAAAAACUGGACAACAGAUAAUUCCUGCUUCGCUGUUGGUGGCAUACGAGAUGGGUGUGCACCAGGGAGCACACCGCGAUUUGCAAUCACGAGAAGUCUUGUGUUACAGCAGUAAAUUAGAUGGGGAAACCUGAGUGGUUCUGUUUGCUGUCUAGGUGGAAGGACGAGGAAUAUAAAAGGACUGUGCCACAGCUGUGGACUAUGUGUCCUUUUAAUGUCGCACUCCCUUUUCCUGGUUCAAAAAGCGCAGCGCUCGGGUCAAAGGAGCAGACAUGCCCGUGUUGGGUGGCCGCAGCAGGGCAGGCACGCGCCAGCUUGCGCUGCCCGAGUGAGCGGAGGAGGCUGCAAACGGCCCGGGAUUGUGGCCGAGGGGCAGGGAUGAACCGCAGCAGGGGAGAGCGGAGGUCAAGAACAAACACCCUAUUUCCAAGUGCUGUUGUCAAAGUCGCUGGAGAAAUAUCUAAGCAAGCCAGCUCUGGACCAGCCUUAAGGUGGUUUGCUCAGUUAUAGCCCUGAGGGCCAUGGCAUUAGAUAUUCUCUUUUUUCAACACUGUCUUCCUUUACCACAACGAACACUUGCAAACAUGUAAUGUGAACUAACAGUUACUCUUCGCUUUUAAGUAUUUAUUUAAAGGAAGUUGGGGGAUUUUUCCCCCUGACCUCAGUCAUUUUGCCCCUAUGCUUUUAUUAAAAAAAAAAGUCUGUAAUAUGAACAGAGAUAAAACGGUUAAAGGUUUGCUGUACGUGUACAUACUAUUUUAGGUAGAAAACCCGUUGUCUGUUAAAGCUAUCUUUCCUCUCCUUUUCAAAAUUCCUGCCUGAUUCUGACACACAAUGAAAAUCUAUAUUUGAAUGCAAAAUUUUCAUUUUAAUGUUUAUAAACCUUAAUACAGUACUGCAGAUGGUAUCUUAAAAGAUCAAAGACAGCAUUUAUAACUGCUAUGUGGUGUUGAUGAUAUUUUUAAUAUUUCGACUAUGUCAGCAUACAUUUGGUCAUUACUUUUCUAAAGUUAAGUCUUUUUUUCUUGAGUAAUCAGUAUAAGAUGUUUGCAUGAUGGAAAGUAAUUUAAGUUCACUUUUUAAAAAAAACGUGAUUGAUACUGUAGGUUAUGUUUGCUUAACAGAUAACAUUUUCACUGAUGGAUGGCAGUUUUUUUUUUUUAGUGCUUUUCAUAGAAGAACUAGGAUAACGUUUUCCAACAGAAACAUAUUUUAUAACCUUUGCCUCAACAACUUCGGUAGAAAUAGUAUCUUCUAAAAGUAAUUGGUUUCCAAUACAGUUUUGCCAUCUGGAUAACAAUAUGCAAGUAUGUAUACCACAUACACAAAAAAAUCCCAUUUUGAUGAAAGUGAUAAAGAAACCAAUGCAGCAAGAUCAAAAUCUUUUCUGAAUGAAGAUUCUGGAUGUGUUGAUAUCAUUGCAACACUAAAUCCCCACCAAAUUUUGAGGCCAAAUUAUCAAAGUUUGCAUUUUCAAAUUCCCUCAAAGGUCAGUGAAAGUUCUUCACUUCAGGAAACACUGAAGAAUUGGGUCAUCUUAGAUCCUAUCCUAUGAAGUUUAACUCCUGUCAACUCCCCGUACUGUACUGGGACCUCAGGGCACUCUGCUUCAGACGGAAUUAUUUUACGAUAAGCUCAUUUGGAUUCAGUUCUAGUAGCAAGUUUUCACAAAUCACAGGUAUAGUUCAAAAUUAAUAUCCCCUCAAUUUUUUCACUUUUAAAGGCAGGGGAGGGGGCAAUGUAAUUUUAUAUGGCUGCAUUUGGAAAGGUUUUUGUGUACCUUUAUAAUUCCUUUGAAGCAAUAUUUUAAAAAAUAACUGCCAACCAAAGUGGCAAUGCAAAGAAGUGCCCUCUUGUUCAGGAUUUGUACACGCCAAUUUUUAACACAGUGUUCUUUUCACUAAGUACUACAUACGUUAAUUUAUAUUUAUAUAUUGUCAAUAUUGUUGUAACCAAGCUUCUCCUUUUUAAACACUUCAAGAACAAGGCCUUGUAUUUUUAGGUGAUUUUCAUAAACCGAAUAAUUCUUUUCCUUUCACUAGUAUCUUGCACUCAAUACAUGUAGCAAUACUUAAUAUAUUCUCUUCACGAGUAUUUGUUAAGUGAUUUAGUUAAUGGCUGAUAAAUGUUUUGUACAAAAUAGAUUCUGUACAGGAAAAAAUCUUUUAGAUAAACAUUAUUUAUUUUUACUGUUUUGUAAGUUAGACACUAUAAUGAAGCUCCUUUUUUGCCAGAAUUACUGGAAGUGCCUCUUGGUAAAGUGUAUUAUACAGUAAAUAUGUAUUCAAAAUUAUUAGAAAUACUUGUCACAAAAUGAACAAUGUGGAUGUUGCAAUGUGAAGACAAAUGUAUAACAUAAAUAUAAUUCUGUGGUAUCCUG